AAAAGUCCAUUUGCACUACAGUACAGUACAUCGGUCUCAACUCUGGUAGACUAGUCGUCUUUUCCGAAGAAAUUACAUACAAACGAAUAUUUCACAGUACAUGAGGCACCUCCCUCCGCAGUAAUUUUUUUUGCCUUUCGCACCUUCGUCAGACUUGCGACUUGCCGUGCCCGCAAGGCCAGCAGAUGCGUUGUAUAGUGAAUCACUGGCCACUCACGCUCCCGUGGCAUUACCAACGUUACACAUCAGAGGGGUGACUUUGAAAAGCCAUUGAGUCGACUCAUUCCACCACAGCCUACUUGCAACCGUGUGUGCGUAGCAUAUUACCUUGUGGCGGCUCCUGUCAGUCAUCAAUGCUUGUACAAAGCCACAUUUUGCAGUAUUCGCGCACGACACUAUUCUAAAUACGACCUGAUACCUCUCUAAACUCAACUCAAACUGCUUACACAUACAUCACAGCAUUCUUGUGAUCAUUCCCCAGAAGCCCGAAGCCUGGGCAGGCUGAUAGACAGGUAGAGGACAUCAAGUCUUGAAUACAGAUCGUGGCUUUUAAUUUUAUACGUCGACAUACCUUCAGCUUUCUUUUUUGCAACCUGGAUUUGAACAGAAGCUAGGAACGAAUAGCUGUACUCUCUCUGUCGACCAAAAGCUCCGCAGACGAUCAAUCUUGCUGUACAGAAAAAGAGGCCAUGACCGAACGCAGUGAAAUCCUAUCUGGCAACGCUGUUGAGAAGUCAGCGACCGGAUCUACAAAAGCAUGGAUUCGAGACUUGUUGGAGUUGUAUGAGCAUGCUGAGGGGCUAUAUCCAGAUAUAAGGUGGAGGGUACCAAGAGAACGGUCCGCGGUUUGGGGACAUAAAGCCCUUAUUUACGCGCGAGCUUCUAAAGCAUUCAGAGAUGCUUUUUUGCCCCUCCAAUCGUCGGGUCCCAUAGCUGGUGAUCCUUCGCCAUUACUUUCUUGUAUUCGCCACCCAGCCUUUCCUUUCCACAGACCAUUGCAAUUGCUGCCAGGGUCUCUCGACAACUCCAUUGAUUUGCCACUAUGCAACGACGACUUCAUCUUCGACAUGGUAAUCCAUGAAUCUGCGGAACUGUUACGAACCCAUCUGAAGAUGAUGUAUACCUCGGAAGGGGCAGAAGGUUUAUCAAAUUGGGUGAAGGGGCAGGCACAGAUUGGCGCGUGGCAAUCAGAGCCAUGGUUGUAUCCAGAUGGCUCUGGAACUGUGUCUGAAAGGCGGGCCAAGCUGAGUCAAGAUCUAACAUAUAUGUGGAGAAGCAAGCUUUUUGCGGACGUGCGAAUACACCUUCCGAGCAAUACUACCAGUGGAACUAGCUUGGAAGACCUGAAUGCGACUGCGGAUCUGUCCAAGCAGACCAUGAUAUUUUCCUCUCACAAAUUCAUCCUCGCCUGCAGAUCAAGGUAUUUCUCUUCGUUUUUCAAGCAACAUCCACAUCCUCAGACGUCUGUCGUCGACAUUUUCUUUUCCUCGCCUCCAUUCACGCCUGCAGCCUUGCACUUCUGCCUUGGGUAUAUAUAUGCCGGCACUCUCUGUUUCUCCAAUCGCACAUUUGGUCUGUUGACUGCGCUACAGAUUCAUAGUUGUGCGAGGUAUUUGCAACUUGAGGAGCUCGUCAUCGAGAUUGAAUUUCGUAUCAUCCAUGAUCUUUGCCAUGGUUUAGAUUGGGACCAUUGCCACUGCAAAAAAUGUGUUAACAGGGCUAUCAAGCUUUGGUGCUGGCUUGCUGAAGAGCAGAGCCGGCCACAAGUCUUAUGGUCGCUGGCGACAAACUUCAUUCAACGAGGUUGGACGGGCUGCUGGGGCCGAGAUGUAGCGACAAGCAAUACUGAAGAGGUCGGAAAAUUGACGCACAAUGUAAUUGAAGGAAUCCAACCAUCGAAUGUGAUCUAUACCUUCUAUUCAUUGCACCAUAUGCGUAUGAAACUGGAGACUGAAAAGCGAACAACAUCUGAGAAAGCUCAGUCCUCAGGCUGGUUGAAUCGUCUGCAGCAAAUGGUAGACGCGGUACAAAGACAGGCUUGUGAAAUUAUUAUUUCAAGUCUAGAAGACGUAGCCGCAAGCGACGGAAUGAGGACGUUAAUGCAGGACCAAGAUCCCGUAUCGUUGGACAUCUUGCGCAUCAUAUUGCAAAAGGCUGCUGAGCGAACGAAUUCUGGGAAAACAUAUAUCGAGACAAAUCGAGCUCUAUCACUGAUCGCAUCCUUUCCAAGCGAAAUCGAUCCAAGCAUGCGAGGCCUCUCUCCUACAUCUUACAAACUGUUGGCUAUAGCCGAGACCUUAAAAGGAAUAACUUUUCAAGGUGCCAAUAAUUGUGUUAAACCCCCCGGUGGCAGGUUAUUGGAAGAUAAAAUUUCUAGUGCUUCAUUGCCACUCGAAUCGUUUUUAAACAAUUCCUUUUCUGGUCUCAAAGCCGAUAACCAUCAGGAAGGCAUGUCGGAUAAAAAUCAGCUUUGCAACUCUGGGACAUCCGCCUAUGCAAGCGCAUUAUUCGAUGCUGAAAAGGAAGUUAAGGAGAUCCCUUACGAACUGCCCUCCUCGGCAACACAACUCGAUUUUGCGCGCUGCGGAAAAGCGUAUGCAAGAUCAUCAGAACCAUCUCGCUCGUCUUGGAGAGCUCAUCUGGAUCAUCAGCCCCUUCUACAGAAAACGAUCAUUCAGCCUUGCUCUUCACUGAACACUGAGGAAAAUCAAACAGACAAGUAUCGAAAGACUUCAAACAUGACCGAGACGUCAUGUUCAAAACUUGGGAUCGAGCUUUUCGUGGGUGUUCCCUGUGUUAUUUUUUCUCAGGAGAAAAAGGUGAGAUUCAGGGCGUCGGUGAGAUACAUUGGAUAUAUCCAAGGGCUACAUGGGACAUGGGUUGGAGUCGAAGUAGACAAUUUGGACCGCUUUGGGAUUGACACUCUUCCCAAUGCUGUUGUGAGCGGCGUACAAUAUUUUAUGGCCUCGGCGCCCAGCAACCUAGCACUGAACGGGAUGAAUAGCGGCGACCAUAAUAAUCCGAAAACUUGCCAUCAAUGUGGCAAGACAGGAGGAAAUCGCUGUAGCGUCUGCAAAUAUACGGCGCGUAAGAAUUCACGAAGUUCCGAGAGGGGUAUCCCGGGCUUACGUCGUGCUUUAUUUGUGAGGCCAAGUGAGGUUGUGUUGGUGUUGGGAACAGACACCUAAUAGCGCUGCCCUCAACUUCUGACGUAAAACAUACGGAGGUUUGGUUAACAACGUUCCAGUUUCUGAUUGUUAGCGCUCUAGUCAUCGAUAGCGGGGCACUGCGCCUCGCAAGCUGGCUCCUGGAUCUUUGCUGUAUGUACGGUCUGGUCCACGCAGACGCGUCAUAUGUUCGAGCAUGUACUUUACAGUGUUUGACGCCCAUUUUCCAAUAGAAAUGGAAUUUUUUCUGCAAAAAUUCUGAAAAUUUGUCCCAGAGACUUGAGAAAACGCCAAAAAUGAGGUCUUUGACCCGGACGACACUGUCACAAUCAUCAUGAUAAUCCGCACUUGCGCUGUCGAAGCUCUUCUUUUGCGAAUCAC